UUUUUAUAUCAAUUUAACGUCUAUUCGAAGCAGUAAAUGUUCUCCUCGUGAACAGUUCGAAUUUUUCUUACGUUCGAUCUAAGAAACAAAGAAAAUUAUGAACGAGGUAACCUUACCUCCAUCGCCAAAUUGGUACUUGAGUACUAUAUUAGUAUGCUCAAACGACGGUACCAUUGCAUGGGGUUCUAAAAAUGCAAUUGUCAUUGGAAAACAUGCGGUGGAUAGCAAGAUUUUCAAGUUUGACAUCAUUCCAAAUGCCCAUGACAUGAAAGUAAACUCGCUUACCUUUUCACCACAGUUUGGUCAGUUCGAGAAGAACUGGCUGGCUUCGGUAGGAGGUGACUACGUCGUUAGAGUAUGGGACCUGGAUACCUUAAGUGCGAUAAAAUCGUACUCAUGUAUUGAUCUGGAACAAAAAAUGAUAUGCAUGGAUUGGUCAAAAGCGAAUGUCAAUGUGAUAUGCUGCAUAACCAGUGAUGGAUACGUGGUCUCUUGGAACAUAACUUACAACAGUGCUCAAUUAAUUUCAUUAGGGAAGUUUAAUGCAACCUGCAUCUCUUGUUGCCCACAUGAUGCUUAUCUCGUGGCUGUUGGUGGAAAAUUUGGUCUAGUGUGCAUUGUAGAUUUACAUGGCACGGGAACAGUAAAGUACAAACUAAGGGGUCAUGAUAGUGAAAUAGUAAGUCUGUCAUGGUGCCCGACAGAUGUCAACGUUUGCGAAGGUACCGAUGCAAAAGAUAUGCUUUUAGCUUCUGGGGCAAAGGAAAGAUCCAUUUACAUAUGGAAAACUGGCAAAGAUGCUCGUUACCAAACUGACCUUGUCCUCCCAUCUGGUCCACUGCAUUCCCAUCAGCACAGAAGCAAAUUAAGCACAACUGUAGGCAAUUGGACCGUAGUCAAUUGGAUCAAGCCGAAACUUCUCUUAGCAAGUUCAAGUUGGGGAGAACUCAUUUCAUGGGAUUUUUCCCUCUGGCAAAAAACGAAAGUUCCUUGGAAACUGGUUCAUGGUCACCAUCUCAGAGGAUUGUUUUGCAUUGUCGAAGAUAUAUCGGGACAGUCUGAGAAGGAGCUUCCUGAAUCCUCGCCUGACGAUUGGAGAUCAAACACAGAGAAGAUGGAAAUAAAGAUUUGGACAACUGCUCAGGACCGUCGAGUGCUAUGUUGUAAAUAUGAUGGAGAUAAAACUACAAUACUUUGUGACAUGCCUACUCAAGCUGGUUUCGUGUACUGUAUGGCUGCUUGCCCCUUGGAUACUUCACGCAUAGCAUUUGGUGUGGGUGAUAUGAUGUUACGAUUAUGGAAUUUGUCCGAGCCUCAUGAAAACACAUUCGACAUAACAGUAUUAUGGCAAAAAAUCAAAGGAAAAGUUAUGACAGUAUCAUGGCAUCCAGAAAAAGAAAACCUGUUAGCGUUUGGUACUGGAGAAGGUCGAGUUGGUGUGUUUGAUGUAAAUGUAAAUAAACCACCGAUCUUGUAUAGACAGUAUCACAGAUACAACAUCUACUCACUUGGUUGGGGUCCUGCUCCGAGUCAGAAACCUGGAAAAUAUUUUCUGUUCUCCUGCGCAGACGGAGAAUUAGUCUAUUAUGAUCCUGAGAAACCGAAUCAAGAGCCCAAAUCCGUGGUGAAGAAAGGAUGCACGGAAUUUUCAUGGAAGCCAGAUUUUACAUGCUUAGCACUAGGCUUUGAAGAUGGGACUGUUUCAUUCCUUGAUCAAAAGCUUUCGAAAUGUGGAAAGACUAUCCACUCGUUGAAGAAAGCUGUUUAUCGCCUUGCUUGGCAUCCAUGCAGUACAGCCACCGAUCUAACACUUUCGGCCUUUCGAGACUAUCUAGCUGUUGCAAUAAACGCUAGCACAAUUACCGUCUUUAAUAUAUCUAAUACAUCUGCCGAUGCAGUUGACUCGAUAACAGAUCAAUUAAACGAUGUAUCCAUUAAGGACGAUGAAUCCAUAAAGUAUGACGUAGUGGCCACAUUGAAUGGACAUGUGGAUAAAGUCGUAUGUCUGGCUUGGAGCCCUCACUUUAGUGGAUACUUAGUAUCUGGUAAUUAUAACAACUCUGCCCAGGUCUGGAAAAUUGAAACCGAAGAACUGUUAGGUACAUUUACUGGGCAUUCGAGUCCUGUGGUCAGUUGCAUGUGGAGUCCCUUGGAUCCUGAUUUGAUCAUGACUGGAUCAGCUGAUUUCACUCUUCGUGUUUGGAAGCUUUCUGAUCAAAAACCUGUACUGCCCGCACCCAGGUCAGGAAAAAAAGCUCGCUCUAAAAAAGCGAAAGGAAAAUCAGAAAUGAUUGAGAAAACUCAGGAGAGUGAAGUUGUCGCGACCAUUGCAGAGAGUCCUGUGGAUGGGACCGUGGAAGUAAUACAGCCGAUCCAUCGGACGAAUGGCCAAAUGUUACUAAAACUACCGGCUGCGAAGGAAAUUCAGAAACAAAGAGGAAAGAGGAUAACCUACUUCCCAGGGUACGCAAAAAUCACUCAUGACACUUCGAGUCUUCUCCUGUCGAUGAGAUCACUUCUUCAAAGUGCAGACACUAAGAAGGGCGAAGACAGUCCUGAUAAUUCCGAAGUGACAGAGAUGCCUAAAAAUGAAGAACUACAACCGGAGCAUACAGAGGCCUGCUUGCCAUCUCUCUUCUGCGAAAGCAGGGAAGAUCUCUUAUCACUGCUGAACUCCGAAAAGAAAAUACAUUCCUCAAAGGACCAGCACAACAUAGCAACCGAGAUGGACAUGUGGAGUAAUAACCUCCGAAAGAACCUAGAGUCAGCGGUUAAGGAAAGGCGUUUAAAUGAUUACUUGGUGUCUCUCGCGCCUUCUCUUUCCUUAAGAACGUGGCAGGAGAUGUGCGAAGCCUACGCUGACCAACUGAUCUUCGAAGAGAAUAUACCCAAGGCUGUGUCGUACUUAUUAUGUAUCCACAAGAUUCACAAAGCUAUUGAAAUCUUCAAAAAUGCCAAGAUGUAUCGAGAGGCAUAUGUCCUGGCCAGGUGUAAAUUAGACGUUCAGAAAGAUGAUCCACUUUUGAAAAGCUUGCUGGAAGAGUGGGUCAAUAUUGCUAUUAAAGAUGGCUCCCUCGAAGAGGCUACUCUGUGUUACAUUAAAUUAGGAAAUUUCUCUGUGGCUGCCAAGACGCUCGGACGACGAAUCGACUCUCGUUAUUUAGAACUAGCGACUGAAUUAGCAUUUAUAGCUGGCGAUGAAAAACUCGGAGAAUCUUUGAUCGAUCAAACCAUCACGCAGACUUUGCUUACUUGUGAUUGCAAGAAAGCUCGGGCAAUGAUAGAGAAAUUCCCACGAGCAAAAUAUUACAAGGUGCAUCUGGAUGCCUUCGAGAAGCUGCAAGAAAUCCUCGCCAAUAAGGAACAGCUGGUAAAUGUGUCAAAGUGGCUCUCAGGGAACUCGGAAUACAGCUUGCUGGAUAACUUGAAAAAUCAACAGGAGAAUUGCUCCUCCUUUUACGAGAAUUUAAUGAAGUACAAUUGCAACCUCAUUACAGACAGCAAAGUAAAGAUGCGAGUCAAAGUCAGCCAUCAAAUCGCUUUAGCUGCGAUCGCGGAUUCGGUGGAAAAACAGCUUCAUCAUAUUGUCACUGCGUUGGGCAGUAUUUCUCAAUUUGAAACGACGUAUUCUCAGACAUCUUUGGAGAAAAACAAAAGUGUACUCUUGACGGUACUGAGUAGUCUGGAUGCAAAAAGUCCGAUGGACAGUGGAAGUAUAUUCAACUACGAAGGAAGCUCUGUUGCAAAGAGUCUACGAGCUUAUCUAUGCUUGGGACUCUUGAAUUGGCUGACCGAUGAAGAUGCAACUGAGAAGGAUGAAGAAACAAACAGUUCGCAAAAGAUUGAGGUUAUAAAUUUGAUCGAGAAAUAUCUGGAGGAUGGUUUGGACCGCAGGUCGGUUCUUCAUUGGACGAGGACGAGUGAGAUUAAUAAAUUGGAGACUGCGCUGGCUUCGUUGAUGGUUUCAGGAAAGGUAAAUCAACCAGAGGAUGAUUCUGAACAGAAGCCAAGUGAUGAAAAUACAACGUCUCUCAUGGAACAACUGGAUCAAGCAAAGAAGGAAAAGAACAGCUUCCUGGAGGAACGUAUCUGCACUCCAAAUCCUAUGUUAAUAUACAGCAAGGCUACUAAACUGGGUACGGAGGAUUAUCCUCUGGAAGAUAGUAUUAAGACAAAGUUCUCAAAUGCUUUAUUCAAGAUCUGGACAGCAGCUGUUUCGAAUGACAAGUAAGAAGGAUAGUCUUAGAAGUAUUUACAGUGUAUACCAUGUACAGAUUUAUUUUAUUUUUCUAUGGUAAUGAAGCAGUGUUUUGUUAAAAAAAUCAGAUAAGUUACUCUCGAGUUUUUUUUAUGACUGUAUAUUACUUCAAGAUGUUACUCUGCUGUGGCAGAAAUCUUAAUUGUGAAUGACGUAUGAACGUAUUUACAUGAUAAUUAAUAUACCUUUUCAUUGUCUAGUUA